AUGAUAAUUGAAGUUGGUUACACACAGAGCCUUCCUGACUUGCAUCAAAAAGUGGCACUUUACUUUUCUCAAGCAACAUCAAUUCAGAUCGUGCUGGUUAUUAAAAUAUUUGAUCUACGUGUAGAUAAUACCUUUGUACUAAUUGCCGCUUUAUAUCUUCGUACAAAUCAAAAUCCUCUGACCCCGGUCAAUGUCAUAUCUUUUGGGACAGCAGAUCCUGCGCAACCAACCGUGAACUAUAUCAUUAAUAUGAAUGUUCCUCCUAAUAACUUUAUUGGUGUUGGACGCACCGUAAAUGGUGUUAAUUGUCCUCCUUGCAAUAUGGCCGGUAUUCCAAUGUACCAAAUGAACAUUCCUGCAGCAGAGCUUUUCGAUAGAGAUCCUAAUGGCAUUCCCGCGGUUGCGGCUGGAGGAUUUAACCUGGAUCUCUGGGAGCUUCUAGUUAAAGCACGAAAAGGAUUCAAUGUAUAA